UUGUAUAAUUUCUGCCUGCCAUUUUACCAGAUUUAAAUUGAUGAUCUAUAAUUCGGAAAAAACCCCUAAUCUGGAAUCGCCAAAGUCCCGAAACGGAUUACGAACUUUGUACUGUAAUGAAUAUUAAGCAGCCAAGCAAGAGAUGUCCUUUAGGAAGCAAGUGUAGGCAGCAAAAGAGAAUGCGUAUAGUGUUGUAGUACUAUUUGUAAGUUGUUUUUGCAGUACUAUUUAUAAGCUUGGAAAUUUUUCUUUUAGUACUGCAUAGCAAUUGGACAAACGUUUACAGCAAUGCAAAUACUGCAGGGAAGAUCCAGAUGCCUUGAAGAAGUUGUACUUUAAUUGAAAACCAGAAAUUUAAAGGUUUAUUAGCUAUUGUGUUUUUCAAAUCUUACAUAUUUUAUAUUUUACAUAAAUAUGUAAAUAUUUAUGCCCAUUUUGGGAUAACAAAAAUACAUUUUUCCAAAGUAUCCAGUUAUUUUUCUAGAAAUCAACUCUUCCCAAGGAACAUCAUAAAACUCGCUGUGUCAUUAUGAAUUCUGUCUUCUUGUUUGAAAACUUGUUCUAUGAAAAAAAAUAUUGCUGUUAUGAAAAAACUCACUACCCUUAUUUUAUACUUGCAUUCUUCUUUCGAACAGGACAACAUUUUCAAUUUACACAACACCUGAGACUUCAACGAUGUAUACUCCGAAUUCAACAGCUUAUUAUAAUUCAACAAAUAAUUCUGAAACUUAUUCACAAGUUAAUAUAACAGAGAAUCAAGAGCAAGAGAAUAGUUGCCGUUCAUACACAGAAGAGCAAAAUGUAUUUCAUGUACUGGAUGAAAGUAAUAUGGCAGAACCUGAAAAUAGUCAUAUGGCCUGUUAUCCAAGUUCCCGAUUAUCUGCUGCAACUAUGCAGUGGCUUAUCGAUAAUUAUGAAAUGGCCGAUGGAAUGAGUGUUCCUAGAAGUACCAUGUAUAGUCAUUAUUUAAAACACUGUAAUGAGCAAAAAAUGGAGCCUUUGAAUGCUGCCUCAUUUGGUAAACUAAUUCGAGCAGUUUUUGCAGGUUUGCGAACACGAAGACUUGGUACUAGGGGAAAUUCUAAAUAUCAUUAUUAUGGUAUACGAUUGAAGCCUUCAUCAUCCAUAAAUAAAGCUAUGGAAGAUAUAGUCAACACAACAUAUCGACAUAAUCCGUUCAUGCGCAGGUUAAAAACAGAACAUAAUGUGAAAGUAGAGAGUAAUAAUAAUUGUAAUGAAAAGAAGCAUUUUGAAUCUAGCAAUGAGUCAGAUAAAAAACGUAUAUGUCAGUCACAGCCAAAAUCACAUCAAGUUUAUUUAGGUGAUGCAUCUACUGCAAUUCCAGAUGUUGAAAUUGAUGUUACUCCAUCUUCUUUACCUCAUGGGAUUUCAAUGGAUAAAAUUCAUGUGUUUAAAAAUGCGUAUCAGAAGCAUUGUGAGUAUAUCUUGGAAGCUGUUGUAAAUUUUCAAUUUUCUGAUGUAGAGAGCCUUUGGUAUUCAUUUUGGAAUUCAUCAUCUGAAAAUAGAAAUCAAAGUGAUACUCUUCUUACAAGGCCUCUUCUGUUAACAUUAUUAUCAUAUGAUCCAAUCAGAGAAUUUAUAAAACAAACAGAUUAUCAAUUUUACCAAAAUCUAGUCGAUGUCUUGAUACCAGAUGUGCUGCGGCCAAUACCAAGCACUCUUACCCAGGCUAUUAGGAACUUUGCGAAGAGCUUAGAAGGCUGGUUAAAGGCUGCAGUAUCUGAAUGUGGAGAUGAAAUAUUAAAUAUUAAACUGAGUGCCAUCAGUGCCUUUGCUCAAACAUUAAGACGUUACACUUCACUGAACCACUUAGCUCAAGCUGCAAGAGCUGUUUUACAAAGUUCAACACAAAUCAAGCAGAUGACUUCUGAUCUGAAUAAAAUUGAUUUUCGAAAUAUUCAAGAACAGGCAUCAUGGGUUUGUCAGUGUGAGGAUGAUGCAAUUCGUCAGUUACUUGUGGAAUUCCGCCAGACUUUACAGCAUCAUCUUUGGCUUGAAGAAUGGGCUACUUGGCUAGAAAAAAUUGUUCAUAAAACUCUGGAACCAUAUGAAGGCAAACCAGCAUAUCCUAAAGCAGCUCGACAGUUUCUUUUAAAAUGGUCAUUUUAUAGUUCUCUUGUGAUUCGUGAUUUAACUCUUCGUAGUGCAGCAAGCUUUGGGUCCUUUCAUCUACUUAGGCUUCUGUAUGAUGAAUAUAUGUUUUUUGUUGUAGAGCAUUGUAUUGCAAAAGCUACAGGAACAACAAGUAUAGCCGUUAUGGGAGAAUAUUUAUGUUCUGGGGAACCAGAACAGCUGACAGAAAUGCCUGAAGUGAUGGAACGUACUACAAGAGACUUAUAUACGAAUGCUGAAUCCAAAGAAAUGCAGCAUAAUGGAUGUGCUGAGAAAGAAAUAGAAUCUAGUCAAGCAUGUGAAUUUGUUUUGCCAACAUCACGUAACUGAGUUCUGUUUUUAUGAAAUAUCACUGUAAAGCACAUGAACAUACAUUUAUAAGAUAUAUGUGUAUAUAGUUUUUAACUAUAAAAAGAUAUGUUUUUUAUGGAAAAUCUAGUGAAAUAUAUUACAAAUUUUGGUGAUAUAUAAAUUAUGAUUUGAUUCUUUGACAGUUUAAAAUUAUGCAUUGUAAAAAUAGAUUCACGAACAUAGGCUGUUAGACUCUUCAGAUAUUUUAAACUUCAGUAUUAAAACAUUUUUUCUUACAUGCACACCUUGU